AGUAAGCGCCAGCGCAUCUCUCGCGCAUGUGACAGGUGCCGCCGCAAGAAAGUAAAGUGCGAUGGCCGGCGCCCCAUCUGCACGCACUGCCAGGCAAUCGGCAGCUCCUGCACAUACCUGGACGUGACCAAGAAGCGUGGCCCGCCCAAGGGAUACAUUGAGGCCAUU